AUGUCGCUGGAAGAUGCGAUUGGGAAGCUGUCGCUUUACGACGCUAAGAAGUACUUCAGGAAGGCUCAAAAUGUAAUGCUGAAUUAUACCGGCAUGGAGGCCAAGGUCAGAGAAGCCACGAAUAACGAACCAUGGGGUGCAUCCUCGACGCUCAUGACACAGAUUGCACAGGGCACCUACAACUUUCGCGAGCGGGAGGAGAUUUUGGCGAUGAUCCUGCGGCGGUUUCUCGAGAAGUCGGCCAACGAGUGGAGACAGAUUUACAAGUCCAUGCAGUUGCUUGAGUACCUCGUGAAACAUGGCUCAGAGAGAUUUAUAGACGAUGUGCGGUCGAACCUGAACCUAAUCCGUAUGUUGGAGACCUUCCAUUACAUCGACUCGCAGGGGCGCGACCAGGGCAUUAACGUGCGCAACCGCACCAAGGCGCUGGUCAAGCUUCUAGAAGACGACGAGCUGAUCAGGGCGGAGCGCAAGAAGGCCAGGAGCAUGCAGGAAAAGUACAAGGGCAUGGCCGGAGGACGGCCCUCCCACAUCCCAGGCCAGUCCGUCAACGCAGCAGCCGGGUUUACCCGCUCCGCCGCGCGCGGCAUCUCCGUUAGCGCAGACUACGACAGCGAUGACGAUGAGGGCUACCAGAAACCGGCGCCAUACGCUACGCCCGGAGCAACCGGUUUUGAGGAGUACGCACCGCGUGUGCAGGCCGCAGCUGAUGAGGAAGCCGACGAGUUCUCUGAUUUCCAGGCAGCUCCCCCUCCGCCCAGGCAAAAUGCUGCGUUGAUCGACCUGCUGCAAUCUGCGGAUUCUUCCGCAGGGGGUCAGGACCUCCGGAUCCCUCCCCCCGCUUCGGUAACCCCAGCAAUCAUUGAAGUAAGCCGCAAGGGCGAUCCUUUCGGUUCGCUUUUCUCCUCAGCCAAAAAUAGCGCCUCCCCUACGGACAGCGCGUCCGCUGCACUGCAACCCGUCUCGUCCGAUCCUCCGCCUUCCUCACACAGAUCCGAUGACGAGGAGGAGGACAUAUUCGGCGAGCUUACCUCCGCGCCCCGCCUCACCAAGGCGAAGCCUAUAGAUCAGGGACCAGAUCUGCUCAGUUUCUGA